GUUUCAGUUUCAUAGAUAUAGGCGUUGUAGAAGUAAGCUCGUCUUCGGUCGGUCGAAGUAUUAUAUUGUAUCGUUGAUUGAUGACGGCUACUAAUGCAUUGAUUAAUCGAGAUUUGGAGCCGAUUCACCCCGUUUACGCCUCCUAAACUAGUGAUAGUGCGCGGUGUCGGGUCUUAUUUCUAAAGUGUAAAGAAAAGGCUUAAAACUGGUGUUCGACAAGUCACUUGGCAAUAUGCCUGCCGUAAGGGGAGAUGGAAUGCGAGGACUCGCAGUCUUCAUAUCGGAUAUAAGAAACUGUAAAAGUAAAGAAGCAGAAAUAAAAAGAAUCAAUAAGGAGCUGGCAAACAUAAGAAGUAAGUUUAAAGGUGACAAAACUCUCGAUGGAUAUCAAAAAAAGAAGUAUGUCUGCAAACUGUUAUUCAUCUUCUUGCUGGGUCACGACAUCGACUUCGGACACAUGGAGGCGGUCAAUCUAUUGUCUUCCAAUAAGUAUUCCGAAAAGCAGAUCGGGUAUCUGUUUAUCUCCGUGCUGGUCAACACCAACAGUGAUCUGAUCAAGCUGAUUAUUCAGAGCAUCAAGAACGACUUGCAGUCGCGCAACCCCAUCCAUGUCAACCUCGCCCUUCAGUGCAUCGCUAAUAUCGGCAGCAAAGACAUGGCAGAAGCUUUCUGCACAGAGAUUCCUAAACUUCUUGUGUCAGGCGACACAAUGGAUGUUGUGAAACAGUCAGCUGCUCUCUGCUUACUCAGACUCUUCCGUAAGUCUCCUGAAAUCAUUCCUGGGGGUGAAUGGACGUCUAGAAUAAUUCACUUGUUAAAUGAUCCCCACAUGGGUGUUGUAACUGCAGCCACAUCUCUUAUAGAUGCUUUGGUAAAGAAAAAUCCAGAAGAAUACAAAGGGUGUGUUACCCUGGCAGUGGCUCGGCUCAGCCGCAUUGUGACUGCCAGUUACACUGACCUACAAGACUACACAUAUUACUUUGUACCUGCACCAUGGCUCUCUGUUAAACUUUUAAGAUUGUUACAAAACUACACUCCACCCUCUGAGGAGCCUGGGGUUAGAGGUCGCCUUUCAGAAUGCCUAGAAACUAUCUUCAACAAGGCCCAGGAACCACCUAAGUCGAAAAAAGUCCAGCACUCAAAUGCCAAGAAUGCUGUUCUAUUUGAAGCUAUCAGUCUCAUCAUUCACAAUGACAGUGAGCCUAACUUGUUGGUGAGAGCAUGCAAUCAGCUGGGACAGUUUCUCAGCAACCGUGAAACUAAUUUACGUUACCUGGCAUUGGAAUCCAUGUGCCAUCUUGCAACUUCUGAAUUCUCACAUGAGGCAGUAAAGAAACACCAAGAAGUUGUCAUUCUUUCAAUGAAAAUGGAAAAAGAUGUCUCAGUUAGGCAGCAGGCUGUUGAUUUAUUGUAUGCUAUGUGUGACAAAACAAAUGCCGAAGAGAUUGUACAAGAAAUGUUGGCAUACUUGGAGACUGCCGAUUACUCUAUUAGGGAAGAGAUGGUACUGAAAGUUGCCAUAUUAGCAGAAAAGUAUGCAACUGAUUUUACUUGGUAUGUUGAUGUGAUUCUUAAUCUUAUAAGAAUUGCUGGAGACUAUGUAUCUGAAGAGGUAUGGUACAGAGUAAUUCAGAUUGUCAUCAACAGAGAGGAAGUUCAAGGUUAUGCAGCUAAGACCGUGUUUGAAGCCCUACAGGCACCCACAUGCCAUGAAAACAUGGUUAAAGUAGGAGGUUACAUUCUUGGUGAAUUUGGUAAUCUGAUUGCUGGUGAUACACGGUCUUCACCAUUGGUUCAAUUUGAAUUGCUCCACUCAAAAUAUCAUCUGUGUUCUGCUGCUACUAGAGCUCUAUUACUUUCUACGUACAUCAAACUUGUCAACCUGUUCCCUGAGAUCAAAAAUCGUGUCCAAGAAGUAUUCAGAGCUGACUCCAACCUACGGUCUGCAGAUGUUGAGCUACAACAACGAGCAUCUGAAUAUUUGCAACUGAGUAUAGUGGCUAGUUCAGAUGUAUUGGCUACAGUAUUGGAAGAGAUGCCUGCAUUCCCUGAAAGAGAAUCUUCUAUCUUAGCAGUGCUCAAAAAGAAAAAGCCAGGUCGUAUUCCUGAUACUUCUGAUAUGAGAGAAUCUAAGAGCCCUCAACCUACAUCAACAGCUGCACCAGCUGUCAACUCGACAAACAAUACUAGUGCAUCAAGUGCUGACCUCCUGGGAUUGUCCACACCACCUGGUUCAGCUGUUCCAACUGCAGGCAAUGGAUUGCUAGAUGUCCUUGGAGAUCUCUACACCACUCCUAAAAUUAGUCCAAGCAAUGCUGCACAAAAUAAUAUCAAAAAAUUCUUAUUUAAAAAUAAUGGUGUUCUCUUUGAGAAUGAAUUGAUUCAAAUUGGAGUCAAAAGUGAAUUUAGACAGAAUCUAGGCAGAAUUGGCCUGUUUUAUGGCAACAAGACACAAUUUCCAAUUCAAAGUGUCAAUCCUGAACUGCACUGGACUGAUAUGCAUAAAUUAAAUAUUCAGAUGAAGCCUAUGGAACCAGUUUUGGAGGCAGGAGCUCAGAUCCAACAAAUGUUAACUGCAGAGUGCAUCGAAGACUAUCUGGACACUCCAAGCAUGUCUGUUUCCUUUAUCUACAACAAUGUGCCACAAAAAAUUACAAUGAAGCUUCCUUUGACAUUGAACAAAUUCUUUGAACCUACAGAGAUGAAUGGUGAAUCUUUCUUCGCAAGGUGGAAGAAUUUGGGAGGAGAGCAGCAAAGAGCACAAAAAAUCUUUAAGGCUCAAGGGGCAAUUGAUAUUGCAGCUACCCGCACCAAACUGGCCGGCUUUGGGAUGCAACUGCUGGAUGGCAUUGACCCCAACCCUGAUAAUUUUGUAUGUGCUGGCAUUGUGCAUACCAGAGUCCAACAAGUAGGAUGUCUCAUGAGAUUGGAACCUAAUAAGCAAGCUCAAAUGUUUAGACUUACAGUAAGAUCUAGCAAGGAGACAGUCUCACAAGAAAUUUGCGACUUACUUGCAGACCAGUUUUAAUAAUAAUUAAAAUAAAUUAACAAAUAUGAACAACAUUGUUAAUAGCAAUGUUAAUUGCUGUUAGGUUCACAGCUGCAGAAAAUACACAAAUGCUAUAUGUUACAUGAAGCAUGUUAAAAAGUCACUUGUGAACAUUGCACUGAUUCAGUAGGAAUUUGUAAUAUCUCACAUAUACAAUUUUGAGAUGACUUUUACUAACUGAAAAGUUAGGCUUUGUGGUUUGAAAAAGUUAAAAAUUUGUUUGAGUUCUCUCAUACACUAUAGGGAACAUAUUUUCAAGUAGUCCAUUACUAUAGUUCUAUGUUAUUGUAUGUAGCUAUUCAACGAUCUUUCUUGUAAAUCAGAUUUCAUUGAUAGAUAAAUAAUAUAGUAUAUUAGCAUUUCAUGGGCUAUUGUAUUAUUUAAUUAAUUUAUAAAAUUAAGUUAAACUUACUGACAUGUAAGUUUAGACUUAAAUUGAAUAUGUUUUUAUUUAGACUAUAAUAUAUUUUUUUAUGUUUCACUGUACAAUUCAUAUAAUGGUACAGUACAUAAUUCUAAUCAUUUAUUUGUACAUAGAUUUUUUAUAAAGGUGUGCCCAAAUUUUGGCUAAGUGUUGGAUGUACAUUUGUUUUUCAUAUUCAUUGAAAAUAAUGUAUUGUAUUACUAUUUAAUCUAAAUUCAGGUGUAAUGAGAUAUGAUAAAAUGUAUAACAUGAUCAUACCAAAGUUAAAUGUUUUGGCUGUUAUGUGGCAUGAUAAUUCAUAUAUAACCAUGCUGUUGGUUUAUCUAAAGUAUUUGCCACAUGGAUACAUUUUAAUUCUGGGUGUGAUCUGUUAGCCUAUAAUGAAAACUUAUCAUCAUACAAGUUAAUAUAUAUAUAUAAUCAUAAUCUCUGAAAAACAACCCACUUGGGUGGUACUUAUUUUGUAGGUUUUUAGCAGAGCACCACAUGGUAGGUAACUCGUGUAAUUUGAUAUCAAAAAAAUGCGAUAGAUUUUUGUGUUACGCUUAAAAAAUAUAUGUAAUUACUGAGGUGAAAACAAUAACGAACUUUUUCCGCAAAGUAGGGUUUUACCUAUUAGAAGACAUUUAUUUUUUCCUUAGCGUUUUUACUCGUUAACACCGAAAAAUUAACUUCAUAUCAAGUUAUUUUUAACGCCAUAUAUGUACAAUAGAUACCAUGAUACGCCGUGGAAAAAUUAAUUCCUUAUGUAGUGUAUUUUUGUAGGGGAUAUUUUCCUAAUUACAUAAUUUCUAUAAGGGGUAAUGUGUUCAAAAAUAAAUCAGCUACUUAAACCUUUUUAAUAUCAAGUAUGACAAUAAGGAGAUAUCCGACGAAAAAACUACCAUGAAAUAAGGACCACCCUAGUGGUCAAGUAGCAGAUGCACUUUGUUGGUGAAUUUUUGAGGUUUUUUAUUUACUUAUAAUGUUCCUGUUAAUUGUUAAAGUAAAGUAUGCUUAUCAGAGAUUUAUUUUGGAAUCGUUACGAUUCAGACGUCCUUUAUGUUGAUAGAAAAUAUAUUUGGUUAAGUAGGUAUCGAAACAUUUUUGGUAUCAUGUGUUAUUCAUACAUUCCUCAUAUCUAUUUGGUUAAUAUAAUAAACCAAAAACUAUUAGUGACUUUAAAAAUAUGAAUGCUUGCAAUUUAUUCGGACAUAUAGCUAUGUGAACGGAAAUAUACAUAUUUUAGGGAUAAUACUUUUAUUUAAAGUCCGCUGGAACAAAAUCCCAUUGUUUGUCAUUGUAUGCGUACUGAUAAGGAAAGGAAGAGAACUGAGCUCACCCAGUUAUCAUUUUACAUGUGAAUGUACUCAUAUUGCGAGAUUAAUAAAAGUUAUGUACAAUAAAAUGUGGUAUGUGUUAUGGUUUGUUCAUAGGAAUCUCAUCACAUAUAAUAUCAUAGUUGUACCACAGGAUAGUGUAGGUUCGUAGAUACAAUUGGUAUUAGGGGCUUGUAAGAAAGUUCAUGUAUAGUAUAACCAGCUGUUCACGAAAGAGUAUUAAACAUUAAAUGUUUAACAUUGAGUAGGGAGCAUAGUAAAAUUUACUUUGCAUGGUAGGUGUUUAAAGAGUAGUAAGAAUAUUCACAACAAAUGCAUAACUUCAUCUCGUUCAAACACGUGGUAUGAUAAUUAUAUGUAUAUUAUGGAAGUAAGAAUGUGUAUACUUGCUUAUUUGAUAAAUACCUUCAGUGUAUUGUGUGUGAGUUGAAUAUCAAAAUGUACAAUAUCGCAUGGUUAAUAAAUUGAGCGUGAUACAUAGAUUAUAUAGAAGUUCGUUUCCGCGCUUGAAGCCACUUUGUAAUUGUCUAACGUAAAUAUUUAUCCAAUAUAUAAUAUAUUUAAAUUGAA